ACACUCCUACACCAAGGAGAAAUGGAUACAUAUGCCUGCAUGCACAUAUACAUCAGCAAACUACUCCUUUCUAAACUUGCAUGGCUUGAUAGAAUUAAGUUCCAAGAGACUGCUGUAAAUCUUACACAGCUCAAUAGCACAAUACAUUGUAAUUCUGAUGGCAGAUUCAACAAUGUCUUGCAAUCUAUCUGCUAAUGACACACAGAGUGAGGUACAACAAUGGUUCUGCAAUGGUACAGAUUACACAGUACCUUAAAUGUAAUAACAAAACACGCUGAAUUACAUGCUAUGGUGGAAGGACAUGUGCCUACUAGUUGUUUCUAAUGAGCAGAUAGAUGGUUUCAAAAAUCACAUGUGAUUCCAUGCAUGCAGUCUCGAUCCUGCUAAAGUUAAUUUUUACCAAUAACAAGUGAUGACUUGACAUACCUUACAACCUUUCUCUUCUUUGUGGAGUUGUAAACAAUGAUGCCAAGUGCAAUAAAUGGCAAGGUGUGCUCAGAGUGUGAGAACAGGGGCUUGGCCAGAUCGAGUCCAAGAUUUGGGGGCACAAUAAAAAACUUUCUCAAAUCUGUAUUUCUAUACUUCUACUUUAAUUAACCGUCUAGUUUUCAUUUUUCAAGCUUAAAGUCUUUUGUUUUUGUCUACUGCAGCAAACCUGUCUACACAGCCGAGAGUUCUAGCUAGGGUAGUCUUCGGUCUCUUCAAACAUGAAAACAAAUGUUCACAUGACGCGGUAGAUAUACAUGCACCUGUAUAUAUAGUGUCAAUACAAUUUGAGCAGGUGUACGAAAGCCUCCUUGCCUGUCAUGGUAAGAGAUGAUCUUUUAUGAUGCCCGGUAAACGUCGCACUGGACUUCUAGCAUGCGUUCCCUCUAGGGCACGUGCAAUGCAUACGUGCAUUACCACGUUGACGCGCGAACAUUUGAGAGUCAUUUCCAUAACAACAGAAGGUUCAGUACUCAGAAAUUGACUUGUCAUGAGCUUGGCUAUGUUCUUUUGCUAACGGCCUCAAUGCACUAGCUCCUUUUCAUCUGAUACAGAAUGGAAACAGCACGAAGAAGAGCACAGAAAGGAUGAUUUAUUGCUCAAUAAUAGUGCAUUGUCAUCUGUUGAGAGCACACAAAAGGAAGCCAGAAAUAAAUGCCUUGACUGUGGGGCUCAGUAUAAGACACAGCAAACACUAACGACACAGGAGGAAACAACAUGGUUCUGGCUACGAGAAAGAUAUUUGGCAUAAAUGCAUGGUUGAAGAAUGUGGUUUGAAAUUUAUGCAAGUGAAGAGUCUAACAGAACACAUGGUGUCACAUCAUAACAUGGACAUGGGUAUGUUGUACUUUCACCCUAUAUUCAUGUCAGAGAUAAUGCCAUAUGGACGUAUUUGUACCAUCCACAAGAAUAUGUGAACUUGAAUUCAAUAGCAGUGAUGAAUUUUUUGAGUGGAAAAGGGAGGAAGAGAGGAAGACAUGCACAUACUACAGAAGAGUGAGGUCAAAGAAGGCAACCCAAGGUUGUAGCACAAUUUUAGUAUGUACUACGCUUACUACAUAGGCAUAAGAAACGAGGGGGGGAGAGAAACGGGGCACGUGCCUCUUCAACUUCCAGCAAACUGAGUAGAUCUUGUCAAGUCGCAUAAUGCUGUAAACAUGCCUGACAUUCACGCAUGCUGCUUUGCUGUGUUAGCUGUAUAAGACUUGUGAUAUAGACAUACAAUCAGCCCAGUUGUUGUUCUGUACCAUGCCCUGGUAGACAGACGUGUGUCCCUCUAACUGAAUUAGAUUCCUAUACCUAUGUAUUGUGCUUGAUAUAUACAGCUAUAAUUUGAUAUAAUUGCCACUGUAAUUGUAGAGUGUCAGACCCUGUACUUUGUCUGCUGUCGAAGUCACAAAGCAAACAAAAAAGACAGCGAAAACAAGAGGAACCAAGAAUGCAAAAACGAAUGGAAACAAUUUGUCUCUCCAGGAUCAAUGCAAAAUUUUAUCCACACGGCAAAGUCAACGUAUGGUAUGUGAAUGGACAUACCAAUCACUCUCCAAAUCUAUCCGAAAUGCCAUACAUCCCCUUACCAGAUGAUGUCAAAGACAUUGUUUCACAAAAGCUGGCAAUGGGAGUGGCAGUAGAGAGAAUUCUUGACAUUGUACAGUUGAUAAUACCUGACUGAGUUUUCUCUGUAAAUACAGUGGUUGUUUUGGUACACCCAGAUAUAUGGAGUGGUGUUGGAGAUCGAGCAGAGAGACACAAUUUAACAGCAUAGCACAGAGAGAGCACUUCAUAACAUGGCAGGACAUUAGGAAUAUUUCCAAGUCAGUUGUAGAUAUGUCUACAGUGAACCGUGCCGAUGAUGCACAGUCUGUCGUUGCAAUUGUGAAAAAACUAGCCAUGAGCAAUAUAACCCUGUCUUGUUGCACAAACCAUUUGGCGUGAAGGAUGAUAAUUUCCCUGAAUUACCACAAGAUUCAUUCAUGUUAGUGAUUCAGACAGAGCAUCAGUAAGAGCUCUUUGAAAAAUUCAGUUCUGGAGUGGUUUGUGUUGACUCAAUGCACAAAACAUAUCAAUACAACUAUAACUUAUUACCCUGAUGAUCAGACAUGAUCAUGGUCAAGGUAAAGACAUUUUAGCCACGCAAUCAGUCAUUGAAGAAAUUUUUCUAAUUCUAAAGUCAUUUGCCACACUUCAUAGGUCGCACAGUAGCUUGGGCAAUAAGCAGCAAGGAAGAUCGCCCUUACAUGUACCAGGUCUUUCAAGCUGUCAAAACUGCAUCACCAAAUGCUGUUGUGACAACAUUAAUGAGUGAUGAUGGUAUAAAGUAUAUCAGUUGAUAUUUUCACAAAAUAUUGUUUGCAUUCAUGUCCUAUAGACAAUGCUGCAUGGACUGCUGCCAAGGCUGUAUUUGGAAACAACAUGAAGCGUCUCCUAUGCAGAUGGCAUGUUGACAGAAACUUUAGGAAUUUAUAUGCAAAAAGUAAAGAACAAACUUCAUCAGGUUGCUCUGUACCAAGGCUUGUACCUCAUCCUAAGUGAAACAGACCGAACAAAAUUUCAUGGGUACAUGAAUUCUUUUGUUCAUACAUGGCUGCUAAAAGAACCCGGCUUCAUUGAUUAUUUAAGACACACUACAGCAACAGGCCAGAGGUGUGGGCAAUGGCAUACAGAGAUUACGAUCAUGUUGACACAGACACAAACAUGGUUGUGGAAAAUUUCCACAGCAAACUGAAGAGACACCCCUCUUGUUUGGCAAACAGCUCUAAUAGACGAAUAGAUCAUUUGGUCAAUGUUCUUCUAAAAAUGGAAGAAGACCAAUACCUUGAUGUACAGAAAAAACAGCGCUGGCAUACACUCAAUCCUAGGACAAAACAAGAAGAGACACAACAUGACCGGGAAGUUCUGAUCAGUGAUGCAGAUAUGGAGGAAUGUGAAAGAAACAUCUGGACUGUACAAUCUCAAUCAAAGGCUGAAAUCAUUUACCAUGUUAAACAGCUUCACCCAUGUUGUCCCAACUCCAGUUGUGCAUCUUUCACAUGUGUCAUCUGUGGCUUCUGUUGGCACAUGUUUCAGUGUAGCUGCUACGACUUUGCAACAGGGCACCUUUGCAAACAUAUCCACAAAGCGUGUGCAAAACAUUGUCUAACUGCUUGUGUGGCAACAUUACCAGAUACAAGUGCCAAUGAAACGGAUGACAAACAGAGUUCUCGUCUCAAAGUUGUGAUACCACAAGCAGAAGUCAGCACUAGAAGGGUUGAAGGAAAAGCAGCAGCCACAGCUGCAAAGCUAUCUUUUGCAAAAUCUUUGUGUCGCACCAUAUGCCAAAGACUAGAUAGUGGAAGUUUCAAUAGUGUGUACUUGCCAACUGUCCUAUCACACCUAAAACAGGCUGAGCUGAUAAGCAGGCUUGACCAACACACAUCAACAACAAAGUAUGAGAAGAAAAGGAUAAUAGCACCUGGCCAAAAACAUGAAAAGCAGCCCAAACAGUUCUACCGGGUUUUGAGUAAACCAGGUCACAAAAGGAAGGCAGAAAUAUUGAGAGCUCCAAACCCACAUGAAGCGAAACGGUUAUGUGAAACAACAUUGGAAAGACUGUGGUAUGUUUCUUUUAUAUAGAUUGGGAGGAGUUUGUUCGAAUGAUGAUAUGUGGAUGAAAAAUUAAGUCACUGAUACCCAGUUAUUCCCAAUUUUGAGUUUUGGGUGCCAUUUAUGGAAUAUAGAG